ACCAAUCACAGGCUGCGUCUGGCGCUACCCGGAAAAGGUCCAGUUUUACAUUUCACCUCACUGUUGUGGUUGGAAAACUGCUUGAAGAUGUCCUGUAACACUACUGUAACUCGUCUUCAUGUGUCGUCUGUGGGUCAGGCACAGCGAGCCCCGGUCCACCUAUUGCCCUGCGAGAUUGAACACAACGGGCCUGCCCAGGUCUCACAAUACUUCGAUGCCACUAUUAAAGACCGCAAACAAGGGAAGACUGUGUCAUUCAGGGGGCGUGAGUUGAAGGGGCAGGAGCUCAGCUGUCCACAGGGAUUCACUGGUCUGGUGCUGAAAGAGAUCAACAAACCUGGCUCUGACCAAGAGGACAGGACAGUGAGGGUAACCUCUGUGUUUGACAAGCUGACCUACUGGAACUUGGAGACGGCUCCAAAUUCAGACGAUACGGUUGUGAUGGCGAUGGAUUGGCCUGAGCUGGCGGAGGCGAUCCACGGACCAGUAGAAGACUGACAGAGCUCCCUGAUAAAAGGUGGCUCCUCAGCGUGUUCUCAGUGAAAUGUACAGUAUUGUGGUCACUGAACAACAGCAGUGAAAACACUGCCUGUUCAGUGAGUGUUACAGUUGCAGAGCAACACAGUUUAUAUCAAUAUGCACGUUUUGUAUAAUCUGUUCUUUUGUAGUGAAAUAAAUACAAAUAGUUCAUUGA